AUGGCAUCGACUGGAGUUAAGCCCACGUAUUACGACCACGACAAGUGGGGGUGGGUUAUGGUCGCUGCGGUGUUUGUCAACUGUUUUGUCAUCGUCGGUCAAAUCAAAUCGUUUGGUGUCCUGCUCAUUCCGAUGGCAAACGACUUGGACAGUGACCUGUGGCUUGUCGGCUGGAUUGCUGGCCUGCAUGUAAUGGCGCAAAACAGUAUCGCACCGCUUGCAGGCGCCCUCUCUCGUUUGUUUGGCAGUCGUCCAAUGAUGGUCAUAGGUGGACUUUCCUAUACUUUGGGUCUGAUAUUAUCAUCGAUGUCACCCUCGAUUCCCUUCUUGUCAAUUUUCAUUAUUGGACUAUCAGGUAUUGGGUCAGCGUUCAAUUUCUUCAUCGGCUCUGCUGUAAUGGCCUCGUACUUCAAGGAGAAAUAUCCCUUAGCUAUUGGAAUAGCAACGAUGGGUUUUCCUUUGGGAAUGAUGAUUUACGGGCCUGUUACACAAGUACUUCUGGACACCUAUGGCUGGAGAGGAACCAUGCUGUUACUGGGAGGUGUCUCGUUUCAUCUGGUGCCGUGUGCUAUGUUAGCGCGACGGGACCCAUCUUUCUCGUCACCAGAUAGUCAGCAGUACCAAGAGGUUUCGGUAAGCGACGAGGAAGACGCCGAUGCAAUGGAAGAACAGACAGUUUGCAGUGAUGGCAAACCUACGACCCCCAAAGGCAGAAGCCGCUCAAAUUUAGAUCUUCGUAAAAGUAGGCUUCGGGAGUGUUGCCAGCGUAUUACUGAUGCAUUGGAUUUGGCAUUGCUAAAAGAUAGAAGAUUUGUCUUGUUGGUUUUUGCAAGAUUAACUGGUGCUCUUGCCUACAGCCCAUUGGUGGUGUAUGUCGUAACGCACGGGCAGUUUCAGGGUCUGACUUUAAUCCAGGCGUCGUUUCUUCCCACUGCCUUCGGGUUUGGCAACGUCAUCGGCAAGUUGGUAGCGCCCAUCUUGCAGCAGGUCGGCGUAAAGCCAUCCAUGACAUUCUGGGCGUGUUUCGGGGCAAGCGUCGUGUGCGCAUCGUUCCUCCUAGACGCCUUCAUCAGACCGUUCAUAGGACAAUUGACUUUGGCGGGACUUAUAGGCGUUGGUUACGCCACGAUGUUCCAAGCUAAUGAUGUCAUGCUGCGGUUUCUCUCGACCGACGACCGGUUAGUGAGUAUGCUGUGCUGGCAAGGAUUUUUCAUCGGCUUAACGGCAGCACUUGGUGGAUUAGUGGCAGGUUGGAUUUAUGAGUGGACGGGGAGUUUCAGCAUUUCCUUUUGCUUGUUCGGUGGAGUGACCUUGUUGUCGAUUCCCUUGUUCAUCGCGGAAGCUGUGUACGCUAAAAGGAGGGCGCCCUUACAAGGCUGACCGUACCAACCUCAAUCCCAGGAUCUACUUUCAACCUCAAAAAAGUAGCAGCCCCUGGCAGGGAAACUUGCGUGUGAUCUGAAUCAAUCCCGCAAUAGCAAGAAGUGAAUUCAUGUCGUGUAGGCCUACUUGGUGUUUUUCGUUCCGACAUGUAAAAACAUGUCUUUAAGAUUUUAGAAAGAUGGGUGUACUCAGCAGUUUAUACUUUAACCUUGUUUAAAACAAUCUGAAUACUACGUGCCAGUCAGGAUUGAGACCCUUGCACUCAACUGAAAGCACCCUACAUGAUUUAACAACAAGUGUUUCCAGGCUGUGGAGCAUAGAAAGUUACAGGCAGUGUGUUUACAUAUCUCAGUAAAUCAUUUUGUUGAUCAUGUUAUCCUUCUGGAUAAAUUUAAAAGGCUUAGGGAGCCUAAUAUGUCAACUUCCUUAAUCAAUUGGUUUAUUUGGUGAGGAAAAUAUCUGUCCUGAUUGAUUUUUUUCGCCUGUGCGGCCCACCUGAGCUACGUGUUG